AUUUCACCCCCAAAUACACUCCUAAAACAGAUUUGGAGGAAAAUAAACCUCAAAGCGUCUAUCGGUCUCGUCUUCUUCGUCCCAUAUUGUGCAGUGAGAGGGUUAGGGUUUUAUUACCGACUCGAUCAUGUCGAACCUGUAGAGCAUCAGCCGUUCGCCACCGCUGCAGCCACCGUUCGAUUAAAUGGGAUCGUCUCCUGCGUUUUUCGUGAUUUGCAUCUUGCACUCUCUGAUAGCUAUGACCUCGGGGGCGUUGAUGAUGUUCUACAUGAAGGAGGUGUACACGUUUGGGCAUGGGGUGCAGACAGCGACGAAGCUCUUGGGAUCCACUCCCCAUGACCAGCUCUUGAUCAAAACCUCCGAUUCCUUUUCCGGGUUGCUGCUCGUCGCUAUCGGGUUCAUUCUCUUCAUGGUUUCCUUCGUGAAGGACAGAGAUUUUCAGGCCUUUUUCGCCAAAGGUUGUACAGUUCUUCAUGUUUUCAUGGCUAUGUGGAGGAUUUACUUUGAAAGGAAGGUCGAGGAUCUCGCCUGGGAUUGGCUCAGGCAGACUGUUGGAGAUAUUCUGUUGGCCCUAUCGUGGGUUUUCUUUCUUGUUUAUUCUUGGAGAGAGAAGUAUGAUUAGCGUCCGCUCCCAAUCCUAUUUUUGCUAAUCGGGCCUUUUGUGCUGGCUAAUUUGCUGAAUAGCUAUAAUUUAUGGUGUUUCUGUAGAUCCAAGUAUGGUGCGGUUUGUUUGUUUGGCAUUCCUUUUGGAAGCACUUGAGUUUUUCUGCAUUGUGGCCCAAGUGACUUUUAGCUAUAAGCUAAAAGUUAAACAUUAAGCAGUUCCCCAUAAACCUGCACUUUGCCAGUUUGCCCCUUAGGAUUUUCAAUAAAAACUCAUGUAGAUUUAUGAUAAUUCAGUUUCUGGUGAGCUAAAAUCUUGAUAUGGAAUCCGGGACAAAGCUGUGAUUAUGAUAUUUGCAUUAUUUCUAUAGCAAGAGCAAUUGUCACAAAUUUAAAUUUUAGACUCUUGAACUAUUAUUUGAUAUCCCUAUUCCAGUGGUUCCGGCUCCUCAGUUUGAGAUGAGGCUAGGAUCAGUAUCUGUUUCUAAAUUUUGAUAUAGUACAUCUUCUCUCAAUUUUUUAUAUCAAUACUAUCUAUCUCCAUGCAAAAUCGGUAGAAUGCAUUGUGUCUAUCUCUCAAAUUCCUCAUGCGCGAGUGUGCAGAAGUUAUGUCAACCACUGCCAUAAAAUUUUUUGCUUGGAAUAAGCUAUGCAAUGAUGAUGGGAAGUAUCUGGGGGUCUAUGACCAUUUUAAAGUGAAGGUCCUUUUUCUUGGGUUUAACAUUUCUUCCUAAUUGUGGACAAGUUGGAACAAAACUGCUGAAGAGAUAUUGGCCAGGGUUCAACGUGCUAACACAAUCGACAUAAUGGAGGUUAGUGGGGAGAUAAGAUCAUUGGCUGACAGGUUUGGGCCAACAGCUUUAACGAUCAUGAUGUCCAAGACUAAACAGAUAUUUUGUGUCUUGGAGCUAUUUAUCAGAGGAAAUUUCAUGCUUUGUAGCGUACUGUAUUUAUAGUUCACAUGAGUGGGGACUGGACCAACUUCUUUAUGCUGGACCAUACAAGUAGCCGUCAGAUGCUGAAGGAUGCUGUAAAACUUAGUUGUACUAGUUACAUCUUCAUAUUAAUGUGGUUAUUAGACGUGAAAACCUGCCAGGUCGUCCCACCAGUAGGCAGGGAAGGACGACUAAUUUGCAUGCAGUACUUGCCAGGAGUGAAUUCAGUCUCAAUGUAUUGUUCUGUUUAUCCCAGUCUCGUGGGCCAUUGCUUAUAUUUCUUGUGGAUCACAUCGGGACGUGUCACUGUGAUUAACACCUAUUAAUGGUUCUUUGAAAACCUGUUCAACGUCUUCAGUGAUCAGAAGACAAUUUGCUUAUUGAGAAAGACAUUUAUGAUCUCCGUGUAUAGAUGAUAUAUAAUAUCCAAAGGUUUUGGCUUAGUAUA